GGAACAUUGUCGUAGUCGUAUCCCUAGAACCCUAAAUCCUUCUCCGGCAGAACAGUCACACACUCCGGCGAGUCCGAUGGAAAGAGAGAGCAACAAGGAAUCGCUCCCAGAUGAUCUGAUCCUCGAGAUUUUCACGAGAUUGCCGUCGAAGUCAGUCGCUAGGUGUCGUACCCUGUCGAAGCACUGGGCGUCUACGCUUCGCAGUCCGGAAUUCACCAAGCUGUUCCUGGCCAGCUCCUCGACUCGUCCACGCCUAUUGUUUGCGGUCGAACGAUAUCAUUGUAACGAGUGGUUCUUCUUCUCUUCGCCUCAGCCACAGAACCAAUAUGAGAAUUCGCUUCCUCUAGAGUAUCAUACCAAGUUCUUAGGAGACGUGAGCCAGUACAUUUGUAGCUAUGCCUCAGGUUUGAUCUAUUUCCCUUUUGUGAGGAUCAUUGAUGUGAACACGCCUUUGAUUUGUAACCCUACCACGGGAAUGUAUGCGGGAUUAGAAGUCAGGAAGUACAGCAGGUCUCGAGGCUUUUUAGGCUUUGAUCCCAUUGAUAAGCAAUUCAAGGUUUUGGAUUUUCUAAGCGUUCUUACUGUAGGAUCUGGAGAACCCGGGUGGAGACAUAAGGAUGUCUCUUGUGGUCCCUAUCAUCGUUCUCCCACUGCAGGGAUAUGCAUCAACGGGGUUUUGUAUUACUUAGCUGAAACAUUUAUUGAACCAUCUUUUUUGAUAGUUCGCUUUGAUGUUAGGACUGAGGAGUUCAAGUUUAUUGACGCAUCAUGCUUUAAUGAUCAUAUACAGCAUCCUACUGGAUUGAGUUUGGUUAGCUCUAAGGGUAAAUUAGGUGUGAUUAAUUGCAAUUACGCUGACGCUGAUGGAAAACGUACCAUCGAGUUGUGUAUGUCGGUUCUAGAGGAUGAUGAGAUACAGGAAUGGGUGAAAUAUGUCUACACUCUCCCGCAGAAUGAAGUCCUUGGUUCCUGCGAAUUUUCAGUUGCUGGAGUGACUGCUACAGGUGAUAUUGUUUUGUGUAUGAAAUAUAUAUGUAAACCGUACUUUGUGUUCUACUUCAAUCCCAAAAAGAACACUCUCCAAAGUGUUGAAAUCCAAGGUUUUGGAACUAAGUUUGAAGCGGUUGAGAAUCGUGGUGAAGUUCAUGCCAUUGUUGACUAUGUAGAGGAUCUUAGUCUUAAUGAUGCAAAGCAACUUAACUCAAGCAUUUCUGAUAUCAAGAGUCUUUGCUCCUGCUGUCAACAGAAAGGGAAGCUUAACUACAUCGGGGAAGAGGCAUGAUGAUGGUUUGAGUAGAGAGAAGAAAUGAAAGAGACAUCAGUGAAGAUGAAGACAAAAUAAGAAGAGAAGAGUAUAAAGUAAAACAAUGAGAGAAGGACUAGGUAAAAAGCAAUAGGGUUCUUUAGUUUUUUUUUUUUUUAAACCAUAGGGUUCUUUAGUUAAUACUUAAUAGUUAUAGACUUUGGUAAGUCUGCGAAUCAAAUCUAGCUUUGGUAAAUCGUUUGUACCUCUUUACUAUCUAAUAUCUUUUUUUUUGGGUCAAAGACUAUCUAAUAUCUAUGGUUAAUCUAGUUUCCUUUUAUAAUUCCAUCUCUCGUCAGUUGUAGAUCAAUAAAAUUGUCCCCGAUUGUAGAGGUUA